GUUAGUGAUGUUCCUGGAACAGCUUGUGCAGCAUUCUGGCUCAUCUGUACUCAGAAAAAUGGUUGAAACCCCAACCUUUAUUGUCCAUGCACACAAAACCCGCCUGCAGGUGUGGAAUCAUUUGACGGGCCUUCUAGUGUUUCCCUCAUAGCUUGGCGUUCACACCUCCCAUUCUUCUACUGCCUGUGGUUCACACAAACACCCGGGCGCCGCUCUGUGUUCUUGCCAGAGACGCACAAAGACGCACAGCAAUGGCCUCCAUGGGGUUGCAGAUUGCCGGUUGCGCCUUGGCGCUCUUCGGUUGGAUCGGGGUUCUCAUCGUCUGCGCCCUGCCCAUGUGGCGGGUCACGGCGUUCAUCGGCAACAACAUUGUGACCUCGCAGAUCAUGUGGGAGGGCAUCUGGAUGAGCUGCGUGGUGCAGAGCACCGGCCAGAUGCAGUGCAAGGUGUACGACUCCAUGCUGGCGCUGAGCAAUGACCUCCAGGGCGCCAGAGCUUUGGUGGUGGUUUCCAUCGUCGUCGGCAUCGUGGGACUCCUGAUUGGUUUCGUCGGGGGAAAAUGCACAAACUUCAUUCCGGAGGAGAAGGCUAAGGCGAAGGCCUCGGUGGCUGCAGGAGCCAUCCUGAUCGUCAGCGGAGUCCUCUGCCUCGUUCCCGUUUCCUGGACGGCCACCAUCAUCAUCCAGGACUUCUACAACCCUCUGGUGAUAGACGCGCAGAAACGAGAGAUCGGGGCGUCUCUGUACAUCGGCUGGGGCGCCGCGGCGCUGCUGAUCCUGGGAGGGGGGCUUCUGUGCGCCAGCUGCCCCCCAAAGGAGGAAAACGCCCCCUCUGUGAAGUAUCUGCUGAACAGACCGGGAGGAAACAGCGAAGGAGAGUCGUACCGAUCAUCAUCACCGACGAAGACGUAUAUUUGAGACAAACUGGAAUUUGGACUCAAACACAAAAUCUUACUGAGUAUUUUUGGUCGAGUUUCUACUGGAAACAUCUCAGCACACUUGAAAUAGGACAAAACUAACUUACAUGCAACUUUUCAUCAAGAUAUAAGUGCUGGUUGUAAGUGAAUAAUUCCCUAAUAUAGGUUUUUAAAAGCUCUAUUUCCACUUUCGCCUGAAGCAAGACGUUUUCCCAUAAUCUGCCAAUGCAACUAAAACUUAAAUAACCUAAACAAACUUCUAUGUCUUUCUGAAAAGUUACUUGUAAGUCAGUUUUAUCUUAUUUCAAGUGAACUAACAUACUUGCACUAUAAACUCAACCAAAAAUUCUUGGUAAGAUUUUUAAUUUUCGCAGUGAAGGACGACAUUCAAGCAGCACAAAGACGAAAAAAACUUUUUUUCAACCUGCAGUGAAGGAAAUCAACACUUUGUCUUAUGACAAUCAAACCGUUUUGCAUUAAAACGGUUUAGUUUCAAGUUGUACUGUUCUGUAUUUUUUAUUCAUUUUGGAAAAUGUUUUUUUAAGUUAUUCUUUUCCAUUAAAAGGACCUUUUGUUUGCUGGCGUUAAGCACCAGCAGGUGAUAUUUAAACCAAACACAGCAGGAACCAGUUUGGCCGGUACUUACCAGAUCAAAUCCCAGGAACAAAAGCAGUGACUCAGGGAAUCACAAUGCCGUCCAUUUGUCCGACAUUCACGCAGAAAGGACAGUAAUUAAACCAAAAACUGAGACUUAUGCAGCUUAAAUCUGCACAAAACGGUUUUUAAAAGAUGUUUUUUUAACGGAUUUUGUGUUUUUAGUGACACAGCAGCAGCAUGACGGGUUUGAUGCUUUCUUAGCCAAUCACAAUGACACUUGAGAUGAGGAAGAAGGAGUCAAAUUACGAAGUGGCGACGCUCAAACUGGCUCUUUUUCACUCAGACGUUACAGGAAAUAUGGUUUUUAUGGUUUUCUUGUGUUAAUAAAUGUCUAUAUGUAUAUGUGUGCUGCUUUUUUCACCUCAUACACUUUUAAUCAAAGAUAAAUAUGUUUUAA